AUGGACCAGUUGCGAAAACAAGGUCGAACCGACAGUCCCAGAGUUGACAGCAGGCCAGGCCUAUUUGGUACCGACUCAAUCGUCAGUCGCGGACUCUCGUCUCGGCCGUCGGAAUUGGGACGAGGCCAUAAUUGGCGUGGCCUCAGUCAUCGCAACGAGUUCGACGAGAGCCCCAUAGACUUGGCGUCAUGGCGACAAAACGAGCAGGUAACAGACACACCGGUCUACACUACAGGCAGUCCUGUAGACGAGACGCAGGCCCAACUUGAUGGGCAUGGCAGGCAGCGUCAAAUAGGUCCAAAAAGCGAUCACUGUCUUUUCGCUUUAAUCUUGCCAGUCGCACAUCUUCCCCGUCGCCACUAUCACUCUCCUUCUCUCCACCAAGACUCAAAUGCACUUUAUUAUCUCCACAACCGAACCCAUCCUCUUCUGCGUCUUAACGCAUUUGCACGCAGCUGUCGCCUAGACUCAACUCUUGAAGUGUCUGUCAGAGGUGUUGCUAACUCUCGCGUUGCCAUGCCUCUUGGCGUGUGGGACAAUGACAAAGCUACCUCCCAUCAGUCCAUGCCUAAACGUCUUUUCCCAAUGCGUGACCUCUCCACAAUUAGAAGGGUGUCGUCAACACUGAGAAAUCUAUCGGCAUACUACAGCGCCGAUCCCCAAACUUUAUUUCUGUCCAAAGCGAACUUUCAACCCUAA